AUGUGCCGUUUUCUGAUAUACUCCGGCCAGUCGCCCAUCCUCCUCAGCCAUUUGAUCACGAGUCCGACCCAUAGCAUCCUCACACAGAGCUACGACUCGAGGUUGCGCAUCGACACUACCAGGCCGCAUAAUGGAGAUGGAUUUGGGGUGGGAUAUUACACUACAGCCCCAGCGCCCAGAGGGAGGAGUCUGAGCAAUACACAUCCCAGCCACAGCUAUGCGCCCAAGGAGGAAGUAGUCGACCUCGGACCCGAGCCAUGUAUCUUCACGUCAACGAUUCCGGCAUGGAACUGCAGGAACUUGGAAAGGUUGGCGAGCAAGACGGUCAGUCCGUUGAUCUUUGCGCACGUGCGAGCGAGUACGGAAGGUGCACUGAGUGACAGCAACUGCCAUCCCUUUUCGAGGGGAGCGUUGAUGUGGAUGCACAAUGGUGGGAUCGGAGGAUGGAAAUUGGGCGUGAAGAGACGGUUGGUGUCGGAGAUUGGUGAUCGAUGGUUCGAAGGCAUUCAAGGCUCCACCGAUAGUGAGUGCGCCUUCGCACUCUUCUUGGACUGUCUGGACAAGGCUGGAGUCGACCCCGACGAUGCAGUGAAGCAAGUAGAUGGUUUUGGUCACACGGUGCUGAGGAAGGCAAUGCUGAAGACUAUCGAGAGGAUCAAUGGAUACAUCAAGAGCCUGCCAGAUUUUCGAAAGGAAGAGGAAGAUAACUUCACGAGCUUGCUCAACUUCGCCGUGACUGAUGGAAAGAGUGUGAUAUGCACUAGAUACGUCAGCUCCAACAAAAAUGAGGCUGCGAGCCUGUUCUUCAGCUCAGGCACCAACUGGGCAGAACAACCUUCUGCCACGCCCAACGCGAAGAGCAAGGUCGGGAAAGGGGAGUAUAAGAUGGAGAGGCGGGACAAGGGAGCCGACAUUGUGCUGGUCGCAUCUGAGCCGUUGACCUUUGAGCGCGACAAUUGGGUCACGGUCCCCACGAACAGCGUCUUGACGAUACACAACCAGAACGUGCUGAUACACCCGAUCCUUGACGAAUACUACAAUCACACCGCCAGCUUUGUCCGAAGCACUGAAUUUGCGGCAGACAAAGGGCAAACUACUGGGGAUGGAAUGGCAGAGAAGAACAGUGCACAAGGGGCUAUUGCCAGGAUGAGUUCGGUUGAUGGCCUGGCUGAUCGGGGGGGAGGUGUUGCGGUGGGAGCAGCGGCGUGA